ACAACUAGUGACAGGCAGCUUAUUGUUACAAUAUUGUGAAAUAAGGUUAGCUAUAAUCAACAGUUGUUUAAUAAGAACAAUUCUUAUUUUGUUAGAGUAUGGCUAGCACGCGGAUUUCGGAGCAAUUGCCCCCGCAUUUUGACCCGACUCAAGCACCUGUUGCAUUCGGCAACCGAGCCCUUCCGAGGAUCUCUCUGGAACUGCAAGAUCCACAGCUGUGCAUACGACAGAGAGCUCUUGCAGCCCUCUGCGACCUGGUUCAUGACCCAAAGAGGGCAUAUGAGGCUAUUCACAAAGGCUGUUUGGAGAGGCUGAAGGUCCUGCUGCAAGACAGAGACAGCUCAGUGAGAAUCAAAACUACAGAAGUCUUUUACCUACUAGCUGCCCAUAAUGUGGGGAGAGAAGCCUUCCUCACGUGGGAUGUGGUGGCUCCACUGUCUGAUCUUCUAGACGAGCCAGUUGAUGCCUGUCGUAAAAACAUGCAUCGUGCACUGAAGAUGGUGGCUGAGUUUCCUGCAGGUGCAAUGUGUAUGGUGACUUUGGGCCUGGUUCCCCGGCUGGUGAUGAAGCUGCCUGUUGAGCAGGAGGAGAUCCGGGCCCUGAUCCUGGCCACUCUCAGCUACUGUGUGAGGGUGGAUGCCCUGCCGGCCCUGGCCAGUGACGGAGUUCCCAUGCUGCGAAACCAGCUCUCUCACCCCUCCCCUGACAUCCGCCGGGCCGCAGCCUCCGCUAUGGUGGGCAUCAGUGUUCCAUCAGAAGGGAAGCACAAGGUAUGUGAGGAGGGAGUUCUCCCAAUCCUGGUGAAGCUGCUAUCAGACUGCGACCCAGGAGUGACUGCCAGUGCUGCUGGGACUAUUAUGAACACAGCUAUUAUCACUAAAGGGAAGUACCAGGCCUUAAAGGCAGGUGCCAUCCCCCCCUUGUUGGAGCUGGUUGGCAGUGAGGACAGAGCUGUGUGUGCUAACGCGCUGCGUGCCCUCACCGCCCUGGCUGAAGCCCCCUGCGCUCGGGAACAGCUACUGGAACACCUGCCACUAUUAAAGACAAGGCUCAAUCACCCAGCUUCCAUCAUCUGCCGGGCAGCAGCCACCGCCAUCCGCGUGAUCUCCUGGACCCCCUGAGAGAAAGAGAGAGCAAGGGAAGAAGAGAAAUACCUCUCAUUAUCUGAUUCUCCCUCGCUCCUCCCCCUAUUCUCUCUCCCUCACACACAUUGACACACACAGGCACGCAUGUGCUCUCACAGACAUCCCACACACACAGACCUUAUUCUACUACAGACACUCACACUUCCUUAAUGUAAAUGUCUGCUGGUGUACAUUUUCCAGACUAGUAGACCCACCUCUUAUUCAUCAUCUGUCUGUGUCAUCUAUCCUGUUAAUGUGAUUAAAACUGAUCAGUGACAAGUUUCAGCUCCUCUGUAUAGAGGUUCCCCAACUGAUGGCCCUUGGGUGAUUUUAUUUGGCCCCACAAGUUCUAGCUCCCAGUUCACCCUGGACUCUACAAGUUGUUAAAAGCGUUCCACAGGGAUUCUGGCCCAUGUUGACUCCAAUGCUUCCCACA